GGGAUCUUUGCAAGUUUUCACCAAACAUAGGAGAAGCUGCAACGCAAAGUAAAGCGAAUCUUCAGUUGCGAGAAAUAGCAGAAGCAGAUCUAAGCUUACAACACCAACUACUAUUUUAACAUUAACAGAUCUUGGCUUGCGUACGAAGUGAUAUUUUGAUGGAAGGAUUGGUGAAUUCACGUACUACCUCAAUUGGUCCUCAGUAUAGGCAACAGCACUAUCUUUCUGUUCCCCCGUUUUCAUUGCAAUUGACUAAGAAUUUGAAUAGAAGUCGAAUUUCUUUUAUGAAUAAUCAUCCUAAAUCAUUCACUUCAGUUGCUGCUUCGGUUCAACCAGUAGAAGCCUCAACAUUGAAUCGCUUCAAUAACACACUGCCUUCCCAAGAGGUUCUUGAUUUGUGGAGAAAGACUGAUGCGGUGUGCUUUGAUGUGGAUAGCACGGUAUGCCUAGAUGAGGGCAUUGAUGAACUUGCAGAAUUUUGUGGAGCAGGAAAGGCUGUUGCUGAAUGGACUGCAAGGGCAAUGGGUGGUUCUGUUCCUUUUGAGGAGGCCUUAGCUGCCAGACUUUCUUUGUUCAAACCUUCAUCAUCCCAAGUUCAGGAUUUUGUUGAGAAGAGGCCCCCAAAACUUUCUCCUGGCAUAGACGAGUUGGUCAAGAAGCUGAAGGCUAAUAACAUCAAUGUUUAUCUGAUCUCUGGAGGGUUCCGUCAAAUGAUCAAUCCUGUUGCAUCAGUACUUGGGAUUCCACCUGAAAAUAUUUUCGCUAAUCAACUGCUGUUCAAGAGUUCUGGAGAAUUUCUGGGUUUUGACGCCAACGAGCCUACUUCAAGGAGUGGUGGAAAAGCCGUUGCAGUGCAACAAAUAAGGAAGGCUUAUGGAUACCAGGCACUAGUCAUGAUUGGAGAUGGUGCUACUGAUCUUGAGGCUCGUCAACCGGGAGGUGCUGACAUAUUUAUUUGUUAUGCCGGUGUACAACUUCGUGAGGCCGUGGCUGCAAAAGCUGAUUGGCUGGUGUUCAACUUCAAAGAUUUGAUAAAUUCCUUGAACUAGCUUUGUCUUCUCUGAAAUCAUGUUAACUAUAUACUGUAUAAUCUUUAUUAUAAGGCCAUAGCAGCUCCUGCGUUAUUAACUAGUAUUCUUUCUGUUGUCGCGGCGUUGGGAAAACCAUGUAAAAACUGAAAUUGAAAUAUGAAUGAAGAGUGUGCAAUUGCUAUUCUA